UUUUUUUGUAUUUAUUAUUUAAAAAAUUUACUCACAACAAACAAAGAGAGAUAUUUAUUUUUUAAUAGAAAAAUACAACCAAUAAAUUCAAAAAAAAAAAUCAGGAAAAUCAAACCUUUUUUUAAAAAAAUUCUAAACUCCCAAUUUUUAUUAGAAAAAUCAAUAGAAAUGACAGAUAAUAUCUUAUAUCAUCUUCCUCAAUAAUAACAAGUUUACAAGCCAGGUUCAAAUAAUCCUCCUAAGGGAUACGAAUAGCAAUUCUAGAAUCCUAAAUACUAUAAAGGAAACGACUGGAAAACCAUGAAUGACCCUCAAAGUGAAUAGUAGUCUGACACUAAUUCUAAUCUUAACUACCGAUAAAAGGAACUAUUAAAAGGUGAAUAUGCCAGGUAAUAAGGAGAGCAACAAAGAAAGAAAGAUGAAAAGCUCCGUUAAAAAGAAAAUGAUCUACAACUUUAGUAGCAAUUAAGAAAAGAAUAUGAUGACGAUGUUUUAAGAGAAAAGCAAUAGCAAGCAGAAAAGAAACGUGCCUUAGCAGAGCUAUACAAGGCUUAAAUUGAAUAAUCUCAAAGAGAAAAGGCUUCAAAAAAAUAGAACUAAAUUGAAGAAGAUAGAUAUAGAUUGAUGCAACAAGAUGACGGAAAAAGAGAAAACAACGGCAGAUAUGUUAAGGAAGAGUUAAGAAGAGAUAUGGUUGGCUAAUAGUACUAAGCUGAUUAAAGAAUUAAGUAAGAGAUCAACAGAUACUAAGAUCAAAACGUACAGCCUCAAUUUGAGAUAGGUGGUGAAAACUACUAAAAAAAGCAACAAAUGGAAAAAUAUGAAAGAAUUCAAAACAUUAAUGCAAGAAAUUUCGUUUCUUACGAUGAUGAAAAGAAGAGAAAAGCUGAUACUUUCUCUAAUGCAGGCAGCGUUCCUGCUCCUUAUGGCGGAGUUUAAAAUAAACAAUAUAACGAAUAAAUGAAUGCUCAGUACUAUGAAAAAAAUCAUGAAAAGAGAGAAUACAAUGAACUUUUAAAAAGAUAAAUGGCUGAAAAUGAAUAGAAGAAGCAAUAAGAAAAGUAUGAUCGUCUUAGAGGGUACGAGUUCGACUAAGUAUCAAGUUAGAAUAAUAGACCAUAGAUAAGCCAAUAAUAGCAAUAAUAACAGCGCCCUAAGUAGAAUGAUUAGGAUUAUGACAUUAUGGGUAACCAAAAGAACCUGUAUUCUUAAUAGCAAAAGUUAGGUGGAGAAAAUCAAAAGAAGGAGGAUUAAUAAAGAUAUCGUCAAAUAUUAGACAUGCAAAGAGAGUAGACAAGAAUCACUAAAAUGAAGGAAGAACAAAACUAUUAUUAACCUCCUGCUUCUUAAUAAUAGCAAUAUUCCAACAACCCUACUAGAGGUAAAGUUCAAUAGGACGUAGAAUACGACGUCAUGGGCAACUAAAGAGCUGUUUAUGGAAAUUCUGCCUAAGACAAUGCUACAAGAGAUUAAAAGAAAGUUGACCAAAUCAAAUAUAGAGAAAUGCUUGAUGUGUAGAGAGAAUAAAGUAAGAUGGCAAAAUAAAGAGAAGAUGAUGACAUGAUAGAUUUAGAAAGAAAGUACAAUGGCCUAAAUAUUGGAAAACAACCACUUGAAUAGAAUCCAAGAAUUUAUAACCCAAUUUCAAAUUCUUAUCCCUAUUAAGGUUAAAUUAAUUCAUAAAAGUAAACUGAUGAAAACAAGUAUCAAUAGCAAUAGUAUCAAAGAAACAUGAACUCAGGCAAGGCUUCUCAACAAAGAAUAGAUUAUUCUGAUUUAGUGAACAAGAAUAUUCUUGCACAUAAUUACUGA